CAACCACACACAAUUCAUCCAGUGUGGCGUUAUUAUUUAUUUAUUUUUUCUUGGACUUCAACUCCCAGAAUCCUCAGGCAAGGCAGUGAAGGGUAAUGAAUUCUGGGAGCUGAAGUCCAAGGACUAGAGUGGGAAAGAGAGCUUAUAGCGCAUGCUCAUACUUCGGCGUUCCACCUGGCUCAGGCUUUGGCUUCUGGAGAGAUGGCUUCCCGCGCGGGACCGCGAGCCACGGGGACCGACGGCAGCGACUUCCGGCACCGGGAGCGCGUGGCCCAGCAUUUCCAGAUGAGUGUCUCCCUCAAGUCUGAGAUCAAGAAGCUGAUCUACAUGCAGGUGGCUCUGUGGCUACUGGUGGCGGCGCAGAUGUGUGUGGCACAUUUCAAGCUCUUAUCGCACGACCAGGUGGCCAUGCCUUACCAGUGGGAAUACCCCUACCUCCUCAGCAUCAUCCCUUCACUCUUUGGCUUUCUCUCCUUCCCCCGGAACAACAUCAGCUACCUGGUCAUCUCCAUGAUCAGCACCGGCCUAUUCUCAGUGGCUCCCCUCAUCUACGGCAGCAUGGAGAUGUUCCCCAUGGCGCAGCAGCUCUACCGCCAUGGCAAAGCCUACCGCUUCAUUUUUGGCUUUUCUGCUGUCUCGGUCAUGUACCUGCUAAUCGUGGUGGCUGUGCAGGUUCAUGGCUGGCAGCUUUAUUACAGCAAGAAGCUCCUGGACUCCUGGUUCACCAGCACACAGGAGAAGAAGAAGAAAUGAACAUAUGCUGGGGAGUUGCAUGCCCGCAACGCUGCCUUGGGGCCAAGGGUGGGAGCAAGGGGGUGCCCUCCCCAAGCAGAGGGGGAGAGGGGCUGUCGGGGGUUCUUGGUCAUCCCCACCCAGGCAAGUGGAGGUGCAAUGGAAGCUAAGUGAACAUUGCAUCGUUUGUCGGUUUCUUCCAGUCCGUCCACUCUGGUAAAAGGUGGGAGAUACAAACUAGGACAACCCUGCCUUGGGACCAGUUUAUGGGAUUCCUCAAUCCAUAUGAUGCUAGGACACUUGAAAGGGACAAUGCCAACUGCAGCCAACAUGGGUGGAUGAGGGAGAACACAGUCUCUUGUUGGUUUGUAGAAACAUUGACUUGUGCCAGGCAGCUUUAAACUUGGGAACAGCUUAGGAAGAUUACUUUUCUUUUGGAUAAUGAGUUCAUCUGCACUGUAGAAUGAAUGCAAUUUUACACCACUCUUAACUGCCAUGACUCAGUGCUAGGUGAAGGAUUGCAAAGAAUGCUGGUGUCUCCCCAUCCUACUGAGCCAUGAUAAUUAAAGUGGCUCCAAACUGCAUUAAUUCUACAGUGUAGAUGCACCCCUAAUGAAAAUAAAGCCCACACUCUCUAAAAGUUUUGAAUUAAAAUUUUGCUCAACCAGAAGUGCAUCUCCACCAGAAUGAAUACAGUUUGACAUCACUUUAACUACCGCUCCAUGCUAUGAAAUAAUAGAAGUUGUAGUUUUACAAAGUCUUCAGCUUUCUCUGCCAAAGAGUGCCGGUGCCUCAUCAAAUGAGACAUCCCAUAAUUCCAUAGCAUUGAGCCAUGGCUGUUAAAAGUGGCACCAAACUGCAUUUGUUCUGUGAUAUAAACAUCUUGUCACUCACAGAAUUCCUCAGUGCAAGAAUUUUGGGAUUUGUAGUCAAAUUGUUCUAAUUUCCCCUAAGCUAUUAAGUAGUCAUUUUCUGUCAUAAACAGUGUUGCAGAAAUGCAGUUGGAUAGGAAAGCAUGGUGUGGUUGGGGAUCCCUUGCGCCCACUUGAUCUAUUAGAAAUGUUUCAGCCCUCUCCCACACCAAAGGAAGGGUGCUGCAUACAAUUCUAUAGCUGAGGUAGCACCUCUUCCUUGCUCUGGUGGAAGGAAUACUUCCUUGCUUCACUGCAAAGAAAUUAAAGCAGCCAUUGCCAAGCAGUCAGGUUUUACUCUUUCCACCUCCCUGCCAUUUCCACUCAUGUAUGCCAAUUGCAGAAUAACUAACUGUGCCUCCCCAUGCUAGUCUUACUUUCCCUAUUUAUGCAGGCUACCCUGACAAAUGCCCCCCUCCACUUUGCCUUUUCUUCAGGCAGCCAGUGGCUCACAGGCAGUGGCUGCCACUUCGUUCCUUGCUAAUGGGCUUUAGACCUUGCUCCCUACCUGUGCACAUCUGUACCAAAUAAAGAGCUAACAUGAAAUCUUGCAGCUGGGUCUUUUGUGAAUGGAGGGGCUGGCCAACUGCUGCAUCUAGUUGCUGCUAUGUUUCUCCCCCUCUUUGCUAUUCAUUGAAUAUUUCCAAAAGUUCUACUGAUGUUUUAUUAAGCUCUGUUAAGUAAACACACCAAUCCAUCAAUCCACAGCAGAAUUAACCAGUAGCAAAUGCCCACGUAGACAGAAGAUACAACCCAGUACAAAUAGAUGGUGCACACGAAUUGUUACUCAGCUAUAAAUCAAAGCCAGGAUUUAGAGACAAAAUUAAUGGAUUUUGAUAUGGCCUAUGGAUAAGUUGAGGGUCAUUCUACAGAGGGGAAACAAUGUCUUGGGUAUUAAGAUGCCAGAAAUGACACCAUGGCAGAGAAAGUAGAAAGGCUGGUACUUCGUUUAUAAAUACAGUAGAGCCUCACUUAUCCAACAUAAACAGGCUGGCAGAACAUUGGAUAAGUGAAUAUGUUGGAUAAUAAGGAGGAAUUAAGGAAAAGCCUAUUAAACAUCAAAUUACAUUAUGAUUGUACAAAUUAAGCACCAAAACAUGUUUUACAACAAAUUUGACAGAAAAAGCAGUUCAAUACACAGCAAUGUUAUGUAGCAAUUACUGUAUUUAUGAAUUUAGCACCAAAACAUAAUGUCUUGAAAAGAUUGACUAUAAAAACAUUGACUACUAAAAGGCAGACUGAGUUGGAUAAUCCAGAACGCUGGAUAAACAAAUGUUGGAUAAGUGAGACUCUACUGUACUUGUAAGUUCUUGCCUCUUGCCACUUUACUCUGAGAAAAGGAUGGUUCCUUUUAUAAGAAGACUUAAGGUACAGUAUUCACAUUGAUCUGUGGAUAAGGCAACUCAGGCUUUUCAGGUUGAUUUUUGAUUAAAAUUUCUAGACUUAUACAUGAGUAUAUAGAGUACAUUUAUAGAAAUGACUCAUUCACCAUCUGGUGAUACACAAAUAUGAAGUGAGACAAUAAAAGCCAGUGAAUGUA